AUGAGGCAUCUGCAGCUGAUCGUGCUUGGUGCGGUGCUGCUAGCGAUGGUGCUGGCCGUGGUGGGCGAACCGAUCAAAUCGGGCCACGGGCACAGCCAUCAUCAUCAGCACCACCAGCAUCAUCAUCACAAGAAAAAGCACAACCAUCACCAUCACCAAAACAUGGUGUACGGGUUUGGCGAUCCGUUCGAGUCGAAUGGCCGCUGGCUGCCCGAUGAGAACGACCAGUGCAAUUGCGGUGUGAUCGUGCAGAAGCUGAAGAAGCUACGCGAGAAGGUGUUGCAGGUGGUUGGGGCGUUUGAUAAGCUGCUAAAGGCGCAGGUUGACCUACGGCAGAUCAAGAACAUGAUGAAAAACAUCGACAUCAGUCUUACGACGCUCGGUGGCUUCGUGUCGAACAGUGAGAGUCAGAUCGCGUUUCUCGAGGAUCAAACGUCGGGCAUUUCGCUGGCGCUCAGUCGGGCCAAAACGGGAGCCGUGCAGUUGUUCACCAAGGAGAUGUUGGUGGAAGCGCUCGGUCCGGUGAAGUCAUCCAUCGAUUCGCCACCGCUCGAGGAACUUGAGGAGAUCGUGUACAGCUCCUGUCAGGAUCGGCGCAUCGUGAAGACGGGCGUGUAUAAGAUCUACGUCAACAUCACGAAGAGUAUGUACGUGCUGUGUAGCCUCGAUUUCGGACAGAACGCGUGGACGGUGAUCCAGAACCGGUUUGACGGUUCGGAGACGUUUUUCCGGCCCUGGACCCACUAUAAGCUCGGUUUCGGCUACUACGGAUACGGCGAGUACUGGCUGGGACUGGAGAACAUUCACUCGAUGAUGUCGGGCCGCGAGUACGAGCUGCUGAUUCUGCUGGAGGACUUUGACGGGAAGUUCGUGUACGCCAAGUACAAAUACUUCCGCCUCGAUGGCGAGAAGGACGGCUACAGGUUGGCCAAACUGCACGGGUACAUUGGAAACGCAGGCAAUUCGCUCCAGGACGCUGAAGGCAUGAAGUUCUCCACGUACGAUCGGGAUAGUGACAAGUCACCGGACAACUGCGCGCAGGAGAACCACGGUGGCUGGUGGUACAAGUCGUGCGGUGACAGCAACCUGAACGGAGCGUACCGGAAGGAGUACUCGCACGAUCAGACCGGCAUGUUCUGGAAGGAGUUCCGCGGGCUCAACUACAGUCUGAAGCGGUCUCGCAUUAUGAUCCGGUACAAGAAGGAUCAUCAUCAUCACAAGCCGCACUACCAGCACCAUGGCUACCACAGGAAUCACGAAGAGGACGGUGACGAAGAGGAACCAGAGUUCGAGGAGCCUGACUUUGGGGUUGAGUUCUAG